UGACACUCAACUUGAAUGAAAUGAACGAAGGUGCGGCUGUUUGCUUUGGCACAGAAUGUGCGCCAGGGGUCACUCCCAGCGACAUCAACGUUAACAUUGGGCUGCACGAGGCCCCCCUCGUCGACGUCCCCACAGGUCGUCAAGACAAUAAGCAGCGGAAUCAGCCACCCAGCAGUGAGAAUUGGGCGUGUGAACCACCUGGAGAGGCGGCAGAUGGGCAUGACAUUGAUGUGUCCAUGGAUCAUCGCAGCGAGAGGAGGAAAGAAGCGAGGCAGCUGAGCGAGAUGGUGGCUCAAUUCUAUGAGGCGGCAGGAAGCACGUCGGCGGCUUACGAGGAGGUCCCCACUACCCUGCGAUACGAGACGCGAGUCAACGACAGCGGGGAGGUCGAAGAGAAGCUUGUCGGGAUAGCGUUCACUCCUGAGCCUUUCAUCAAGACAAUGCGGCAAGUGGCUCGUCUCCUUCUCUUUCAACUGGCAACUGCAUUGGUCUUUGCAAUCGCAUGGGCGCUGUUCUGCGUGGGAGUCUGGCAGACGUGUGAGGAUAAGAGCGUUACACUGCCUUGGAUCCUGAUUGACUUCCUGAGGCGGCUGCUGACACUGGCCGGCUAUAUUGCGCUUUUGUUCCUGAUGGCUGAAGGCGAUAUGGGCCAAGCCCUGCAUCGCUUCCGGACAGGAGAAUAG